ACCUUCACUGGGGAGAAAGACGACGGUCUGGUCGCCAUUAGAGGAGAAGUCUUUUCUGUGGAUUCUUAUCUUUAUUUCGGAUUUAUUGUUUGAGGAGCGUGUGCUUUUAUUUUGAAGGAACACUAUCGCUGCAUUUUUAAAUUGUAUUUUGGACACGAGGAUGUAUUUUACGUGGAUAAACGCCGUCAGAGGCCGAUGGCGAACACUGUUUGUCAUUCUUUGUCUCUUUGAGCUGAGCUCAGUGACUGGACAGGCUCGCUAUUCCAUACCGGAGGAGCAGGCAGAAGGCUCUUUUGUUGGAAACAUUGCGAGGGAUUUGGGCUUGGAUGUGGCCAGACUCGUAGCAGGUAAAGCUCGUAUCAUCACCAAAGGAGGCCGGCAGUAUGUUGAUUUAAAACGAGACAAAGGCACACUUGUUAUUAAAGAGCGCAUCGACCGAGAAGAGCUUUGUGGAAAGACGACGCCCUGCAGCUUCAGUUUCGAUAUCAUUUUAGAAAAUCCAAUCCAGCUUUAUCGUGUAACAGUGGAGGUCACGGACAUGAAUGACAACAGUCCCUCCUUCCCGCAACAUGAUAUUAAAUUAAAUAUUGCUGAAAAUGCUGCAGUGGGGACCAGUUUCUCUCUAGCAAAUGCCGACGAUCCUGAUGUUGGUGUUAAUGAUAUUCAGAAAUAUUCUCUGAAACCUUCUGAUAAUUUUAAAUUGGAGGUAUUAAGUCAGCCAGGUGGGGCAAAAUUCAUUGAAAUGGUUUUACAGAAGCCUUUAGACAGAGAGAAAGAGGAGAGCCACACUCUCAUGUUGAUAGCUUCAGAUGGCGGUGAGCCACAUAGAUCAGGGACGGUGAGAAUUCAAAUCACUGUGCUGGAUGCAAACGAUAACGCACCAGUGUGCAGCCAGCCUGUUUAUAAGGUAGAUGUUCGAGAAAAUUCACCUGAGGGAACAUUGAUCACUACUGUUAGUGCAAAUGACGCUGAUGCAGGCCUCAAUGGUGACGUCACUUACUCUAGUCCUCAUAUUACUAAGGAAGCAAAACAGCUUUUUGAUGUUAACCUUAAAACAGGAGAGAUUAAAAUAAAAGGUAAAUUAGAUUUUGAAAAGUCCAGAUCACAUGACUUGAAGAUCCAAGCUAGUGAUCAUGGAGGAUUUACAGAUACAUGUAAAGUAAUUGUUAACAUCAUUGAUGAGAAUGACAAUGUCCCUACAAUAGAACUGAUGUCAUUUUCCCAGUCCAUCCCAGAGGAUUCCCCCCCGGGUACAACUGUAGCUGUUUUUAACGUGAACGAUGAAGACUCUGACGGCAACGGUGUUGUCAAGUGCUCCAUCAACUCUGACGUCCCUUUCAAAAUCGAGUCUUCAUUAACAGGUUAUUACACCAUAGUGACAGACAACUUCUUAGACAGAGAAAGUCUUCCUGAAUAUAAUGUUACCAUAACAGUGUCUGACCAAGGCUCUCCUCCUCUGUCUAGUAGUAAAAACAUCAACGUUAAAAUAUCCGACGUGAAUGACAGCCCGCCUAAAUUCCAUCAGUCGGAAUACAGUAAGACUGUACCAGAGAACAACUCUCCUGGUUUUUCAGUGUUUACUGUCAGUGCUAGUGAUGCAGACUGGGGCCAGAAUGCUCGAGUGUCUUACUUCCUGGAGGAGAAAGAGGUUCAUGGAGUAGCUGUGUCUUCUUUUGUCUCAGUCAACUCAGAGAACGGCGUCAUCCACGCAGUCCGAUCCUUUGAUUACGAACAAAUCAAGUCCUUUGUCUUUAACGUCACCGCCCGCGACGCCGGAUCCCCUCCUCUGAGUUCCGUGGCCACGGUUCGCAUCCUGAUACAAGACCAGAACGACAACGCCCCUCAAGUCCUGUACCCAGUCCAAACAGGCGGCUCGGUGCUGGCGGAAAUGGUGCCUCGUUCAGCAGAUGUGGGCUACCUGGUGACUAAAGUGGUGGCUGUUGAUGUGGACUCUGGACAGAACGCCUGGCUCUCCUAUAAAGUGCACAAAGCCACAGACAGGGCGCUGUUUGAAGUGGGCCUACACAAUGGAGAAAUAAGAACUGUCCGCCAAGUCACUGAUAAAGAUGCUGUCAAACAAAGACUGACUGUUCUAGUGGAGGACAACGGGCAGCCCUCUCGUUCAGCUACAGUCAUUGUUAACGUGGCGGUGGCGGACAGCUUCCCUGAAGUGCUGUCAGAGUUCACUGACUUUAGCAUGCACGACAAGGAGUACAAUGACAAGCUGACUUUUUACUUAGUCUUGGCUUUGGCUGUGGUCUCCUUCCUCUUCAUCACCUGCUUGCUGCUUAUCAUAUCGGUCAAAGUGUACAGGUGGAGACGGUCUCGCAUCCUGUACCACUCCAACCUCCCUGUCAUUCCGUAUUAUCCGCCACGUUACUCGGACACUUUGGGGACGGGGACUCUCCCGCACGUGUACAAUUACGAGGUGUGCAGGACCACCGACUCCAGAAAAAGCGACAUGAAGAACAUGCAAGGGAUGAGUCAAAGUUUAGUGAGCGUGGAUGGAGCUGAUGCUGAUACGCCGCAUGUGACCAAGCAGCUGUCGGGGAACUGUUCCCAGAUGUCAACUUUGGUGAGUCCCAUGCUUUUAUAUUCCUUUCCUUUGUAUCUUACACAUGGAAGACCCAUGUUUCGUGUCCUUGCUGGCCUUUUGGUUUGGCUUUUGUGUUUUACAGUACAUGACCCAUUGCAUCCAGGCUUCUCCUGUAAAUACUGUAAACACAUCCCUCACAUCCCUUUACUUUCCCACACCAACACACUCUUAACUUUGUAUCACUUUAAACUGUGAGGAGUGCUCUGUUUU